CGCGCGGAAGAGGAAAGUCUUGUCGCUGCCGUGUAUAAUAAUCUUAGCAGCUACUAAGCUAAAGCGUUUAGCACGACGGAGUGAGUGACAUUAUCACAUUUAUUAACCGUUUUGGAGGAGUGUGACGACAAAAUAGCAGCACUUUGUUGGGCUCCAGAGAAGCAAGUUGGAGUUUGCGCAUACAAUUGAUCGCCAGCAACGCUACUAAGCGAACGACCUAUUGUCUACUUGCCAAGGUUGUGUUUCAGCUAUAUUCUGAAGAAAAGGUCCGUAAAGCUCAAUAUGCACCACGUCAAGAUUAAAUCUGAAAGAUCAGACUCGGAGUGCAGUGGAGCGCGCAGCCGGCUUGAUGCUGUGUUAAAAGGACUGGUGGAAAAAAGUAACAGUGAACGGGAGCAAAAUGAGUGUGACGCCGGGAAGCUGUCAGUGGAGUCACUGAACAAGGACCUUUCACCAUUAUCAGCCUCAAAAAGGCAGUCGUCCAGAUUUUCACAGCAUCGGAGAAAGAAACGGAAGGAGAUGGAUGACGGAAUACCAGAGAGCAACCAGCAUAAACAAAAUGCCUACAUCAUCAAGCUGUUUGACCGCAGCGUGGAUUUGGCCCAGUUCAACACCGCCACGCCUCUCUAUCCUAUCUGCCGCGCCUGGAUGAGGAACAAUCCCACUGUUCGAGAACCAGAUGUCAGUUCAAUAAGUCCUUCUCACAGCAUGCCAGAAGACGAGGUUGCAGACAUGAUGAAUGGAAAAGAUCAGAAUGUUUACAAACUCCCUCCUCCUGUUGUGGGGCCCUGCACUUCAUCUGGGGAGCCGAUCAAUCUGAGAAUCCCACCUAGUGAAAAACCCGCCAUAAGUACGUCGACUCAGUCUGCACCUGCCUCUGGAUCUCUGCUGUGCGACCAUAUGGAGCGCUGGAAAAGAAUCAGACAGAAGUGGAAGGAGUGCUCCAACAGGAACCAGCUGAGGUACGGGGAGAGCAUCAAGAUCCUCAAGGAAAUGAAGGACCUCUACGAUCAUUAGUGAGGACAACAGACAAGCAGGAACUGGUGGGAUUGUUUUACUGGACAAUGAGCUCGCCACAGAUGUGUGGUGACGUGUUUCAUUUGUCACUCAUUUAUGGCAGUUGCUUCUUGAUGCCUUUUGUUUUUUUUAACCUUCCAUUCACUGAGAUUGUAGCCUCAAAUAAAUGACUGCAGUUGUG